GUUUUUCAGCACUGCAUAGUGUUGUUAAAUUAAAGCUAAUUUUCCUUGUAUCUGUCUUGUUAUUUGCAUUGUACCCUGGUCAAGUUCCAGCUUUCUUCUGUAAAAGUGUAAACAUUUUGAAAGCUUUCCCUCCUCUCCCCCCAACUUCUUUCUUAACUCAAAAGCCAAUUUAAAGAAUUUAGGUCAAGUUUCCAAGAAAAAAACACCUUUAUUAAUAGAGGAAGCAUAGGACAUGUUAUCACAGAGUGACAACUUCUUGAACCAUGGAUUCAUCACUGGAGAGCAGCUGCCUCUUGUGUGAGAUGCAACAGCUGUUUAAGAGCUGAUGAUGGAGACUACUGCGCUUGCAGAAGGAAUUUACACAAGAAAAAAGGUGAUGAAUAAAAUCUAAGUGACACGGGUACUUUAUCACAGCAUUAUCCGAUUACUGUACUGAAACUGGAUUAGCAAAUCAAGGCAGAUUUAACCUCACUUAUUCUUGCAUAGGAGAAAAAAUCUUGCAAUAUCACAAAUGAUCGAAGCUGUAGCUUAGUAAGCUAAAAGGCAAAGACAGAUCCUCCUCCUGCUAUAUUGGGCCAGCGCUCAAAUGGUAGCAUGCCAGCUAUUAGGCAAUCUGGGCUCAUGAUAGAGGUGAUAGCUUUUAUUAGACCAACAAGAUUUUUGCAUAAAAAUUUAUUUUUAUUGCAAGCUUUUGGACACAAGCAUCCUUCAUGAGCAAAUCACCUGCAUUUCCACCAGCACUAUGGGAUUACGUUGAGAACCUCUCAACCCCAGGUAGGCUGAGAGGGGAAAAGAACUUAUUAACUUCCUCAUUAUUAGUAUAAUUUGUCCAUAUGUUAAGUGAUAAACAUGAUCCAGUCUUAUGCUUUGGAUCCUUAGGAGAGAGUAUGUGUGAUCUCUGCCAUAGGUAUGAGGCAUUACUGAAUGCUGGGGCACAGUUUGAUUUCAGCAGGACAAAUCCUGUCCUAUGCUGUUUCUGUCAGCAUGUCACUACAUAACGACUUUGCAUGAUUAAUAAGCACACCAUUUUAAUCAGAGCUGGUAUUUGUCAAUGUUUUUUCAGCGGGUGGUACGGAAAUCGCCCUUCGUGAAGGCAGCCCAGGACCAGACACAUCUGGUAAUGUCUCUGUCUCGCGUACUGUACAUAAGAAGUGUUACACACAGCUUGUGCCAACCUGAUUGGGCUGCAGGGAAUUUGAAAUACAAAUCACACAUUCACCCACCUCGCAGGCCCUGAUGCCAAGGGCCCAGACCCAGAGGUAACAUUAUUUAGUUUCAAGCCCUCAUGUAUAUUCUGUUGCUUGACUGUUGCCAACCUAAGUUUUUUGAACCUCAGGCUGUCCAGUCCAGAAUGUAUCCAGUCUUUAGAUCUCAGCUGUUCGGCACUGAAAGAGGGAGCUUAUCCUUUUCUAUGGAAAAUGCCCAUUUCCCUCCACUCGGGUCAGACUUAGUCUCCAUUCUGACAUAGCCACCAGUGUCACCAGAUACCGCAACGCUGUAUUUCUUCCUUUCUUGGCUUUAUUUCCCAUUUCAAUUUUAUCUUCUACCCUCCUAGAAUUCAUUCUUCCUGAAUUUACAGCUGCUAACACAAUGUGAUAUGGCAGAAAUAGAUCUGUGUAGGGCUGUUACUGAGCAGAUAAAGGAACAAGAAGAUCCAGGCUGGAAGUGGUAGCUAGACAAAUUCAAACUGGAAAUACACAGCUAACUUAACAGUGACUAUUGGAACAGGCCACCUAAUAACAUGGUUGAUUCUUCAUUUGAAAUGUGUCUUUUUUUUAAAGACAGAAGUUGUUGAAUUUUGAUGCUAGAAUUAGUGGGUGAAAUCCUGUUACAGAUGAUUCUAGCAGUUCCCUCUGGAUCUGAUAGCUAUUUAUCCUAUUUCCAAAAUGUCGUCUUUUCACAGUGGAGUAUCCUGUAGCGUGACAGUAUCAGGAUCCUGAAAGUAGCCCUAAUCAGUAUUCAGAGUCCUUUGGUGCGUCUCGGAGAAGUUGAGCAGUCCCAAACAUUGGUCAGGGUAGCACACGCUAGCCCUAGUUACCAGAUGCACCUCUGUCCAAAACUCCUUAUCUAAAAUGAGGCCAUGCCCCUCCACAGACAUCACUUGCAUUAGAAACUCUGCCUUUCCAAACUCCUCCCACAUGACAGCACUCCCAGAGCCCCUGUUUUUUACUGAUCAACAAGGUUGCAGGGUGCUGCCGCUGCUACCCAGAAGCCAGGAGGGCAGCUCAGCAUUAUCCUAGCCACUAGAAAGUAAAUGUGUUUGCACCAAUGUUCAGCCUUUGUUACACAGUCAGAGUUAUGUGAAAGGCCUUAAUUUAACUAGGAAUUCAGGCCCUUGCAUCCAUAUCCUUAGUGGCACUCGUGCAGCUCCAUUGCCUUCACCGGUGUUCAAACAUCUGAACAAAUGGACCUUAACAAAGGAGCCUGGUGAUGUUGUGGAGCAAAGAGGAAAGCCCGUCAUCUUAGCUUUCAUAGCUCUGCUGAUUGCAGGCUGACAGGAGAAGGGGGUGGGGGGAGGAGAAAACUAUUACAGGCGGCAAAGGUACCAGCUCUGACUCCAUACCAACAGGCAGUUGCUCUGCUGAGUACACAGGUGCCACUUUGUGGGGUUUAACUAUAAUUUAUGUAUCAUCAAUAACAAAAAAUAAAUAUGCUGUCCCAGCCCAGCCACCUGCGGAGGGUUUGGGAUUGAGAGUAUGGUCGAGGGUAGAAAGGUAAGAAAGGUCUAUUGACUUAACAAAAACACAACUACGCGUAGUAACAAGGCAAACAAAGACAAGAACAAUUCGUGUCGGCAACUUAUCAGCAGUCCCCUCUGAUGCCUGUUGUACAACAAAUUUCUCUUUCCACAAAGUUCAGCGAAGUCAGGCGUCCCUGAUCAGCGCUGUCCGAGGGGUACCAGGAAGGACCCUGGAAUUCAGUCCUUGGGCUCCUCGAGGUCCACGGGCCCACUGAUCCAGGCCAACAGCUAACUAAUCCUUUUCACAGAGCUGCAUCUUCCUUCUGAAUGGUUUCCAGAUAUUCCAGCUAAUUUAUAGCUUCUGAAUUGUACUGAUAACGUACAACCACUCGAUUCUUUUUACUUCAACUGUCCUUAGACUGACCAAUAGCAGUACAAGCCUUGCAUUCCUUUGAUAAGGUAAUUUUAACUACUCCACAGGGCCUUACUAUUUCAAGGUUUUGCUAAAUUUACUAAGCUUUACUUUAUACAAGGCCUCACUACAUCUUAAACUUUAAUUAGGCUUUUAGCAACAACAUACAGCUUAAUAUCUAAACAAAUACAGAAAAAACACUUGGUCUAAUAUUCACAGAGUCUUCAGCAAGCACCUUUAUCACGCAGGCAUACUUUUCAGCUGGCACAAUAUGGUCUCUGUUUGUUUGCUUGUACUAGUCAGCUUCUAGGCAAGGAUCCCAACUGCUUUCGAGUUUGUAGGGCUGAUUAUUUCAUUCAGGUGUAUAAAAUUCUUCUUGAGAUGUUUUCAAGUCUGCUGAAGUGUCCUUUGGUCUGGAAAGGAGCAGCCAACUCAACUGGCAUCCAGUGCCCCUCCUCUUCCCUCUGUGACAUCCCAGCUUCCCGCUUCCUUUCCCAGCUAACAGGAGGGAUUUGCAAGUAGAUCUCAAGGAACUUACUGUGAUAAUUGUUUGGAGGAGUCAACCAGCACUCGGGCAAAGAUGAAUUGGAAACAAAUCCUUUUUCUCUCCUGCCUGGCAACUUUUGUGCUCUUGACUGUACUUGAGGAGAGCGACACCGCUGCUGUGGGUUCCAGGAAAGCAGAUGGGGAAGAAAAUAAGGAAAGUCUGAAAAAGAUUUUCAUACAAGAAUCAGAUGCCUCUAACUUCUUCAAAAAGCGCAGCAGGAGAUCUACCAGCUCCAUAGACGAGCUCAAUGCGGAGACACGGCAAAUGCUGGCUGCCGAUGAGCAGAGGAGGGAGUAUUUUGAGGAGCAAAGGAAUGAGCAUGAGAACUUUGUUGAAGAAGAACGUCACGAGCAGAACGAGAGAACCCGGGAACAGAUUGAGCAGUGGCGCCAAUAUCACUAUGACGGUCUCUACCCAUCUUACCUAUAUAACCGCUAUCACAUCUAAAUCUGUGAUAAAGAGGGAACUUGAAAAGAGUUAAACAUUUGCUGAUCAAGCCAUUUACAGGAUACCCGAGAGGCAACAUUUCCAAAAUCUUGAUCACAUUACGGAUCCCCCUGUGGAAUCUAUUCUUUUAAGCCCCUUUAUUUGCAUUGGCUCCAUUUUACCAGGUAGAGCUUCUCAUAGGGUGCUGCUUUGCUUUAUAUUUUGAGGUGCUUGUAUGUAUGACAAAAGCUGGACUUAGUACAUGAAAGGGAAACAAGGCAGACAAAAUGAAGUCCUUGAGACUUGUCUGAAUCAGGGUAGUUUAGGUUGCUUGGUCUCUGUUCUAUGUAAACCAGGUAAAAGGGUUGUUUUUUUUCUUUUUUUAAAUCACUAUAUUUGGAGGGAUCAGUAAGAAGAAAAAUCCAUGUUUGCUGAAAUCCCAGUCUCUGUAAUAUUUUACCUUAAGUAAAAAAAAUGGUGCUGUAUCAACGUUCUGUAUUUUUUAUUAAAUGGUUAUAUAGCUUUUGCAAUCUCUCUGUGGGACUCCUCCUUACUUGCCUUGUCCAAAAUGGACAAAACUUCUCAUCAUCUUUAACCAGUCCCUUAAAAACAUGUAAGCAGCUUGUGAUGUAAAAGAUAUAUAGGCCUAGGGGGAUUUUGUGAAUUUAAAUGUAGGAUUAGGGAUGAUUAGAACAUUUACACAAUGUUUCUCUCUCCACAUUGUUCUUAUUCCAGCCAUUAAUA